AGGAUAAAGUGAUCUUCCCUCCAGAUCUGCAAUCCGCCAUGGCGCGCCUCGUCCUGUGUGUGUUGGCGAUGAUGGCGGCCGGCAUCUCCGCCGGGAAGAAGCUCACCCACUCCUCGGUGUUCUCCUGGGACACGGACCCCAUCUGCGGCACGGGGGACAGUCCUUUUGACUGUCACCUGAAGAAGACCCAGUGCGGCGCCAUCACCAAGAUGUUGGAGCCGAGCGGAGGCUACAUCAAGAACUACAUCAUCUGUGCCAAGUCAGCGGCUGUCGAGCUGGGUCCCGUUUUCUUCAAGAACUUAGGAUUAGCUUACUCAGACUAUACAAGAGACAAGCGCAUUCCCCCCACCAUUACUGACGUCCGCCGCUGCGCACUCGAGUCGACGGGGUUGAUGCAGCCCGACAUGACCCUCAACCGCACCGCCAUCGCCGCCUCCGUCACCAACUCCUUCAAAAGCUCUCCCUUGGGCGCCGUCGUAGCCCAGGCCGCUACCACCUGCCCUGAGCCCGUCGGAUUCAUGAUGGCAGAGUACAUGAACUGCCUCAAGGACGCCUGCCUCCAGAACGCGGUCGCUUUUGCCACAACGACCGCCCCGCCCACGACGACACAGCCAGCCCCUCUCCCCAACACGGACUCCGCUCCACUGCCCGCACAUUCUCCAUCUGUGCCUGACGUCUGAAUUAUACAGAAAACGGGAAUUUCUCACUCAACGUAUACAUCGUCGGCUUACAGAUGACCGGACUUAGUUUAGGAACUCUUGUUGUUUUUAAGAUAUAAAAAUAGGACUGGUGUACUGACUGAUGUCUGAUGUAUUAUUCAAAAUAUUAUCCUCAUUAUAUAUUAUUAUAAGCAAGAUUCUAACUAUUGUAUCAUUAUCAUGUUUAUUAUCAUAUGAUCAAUAUUCAGUACUAUUUUUCCCCUUUUUCCCCUUAAUUAUUAUUAUUAAGUUAAUUCUCCUACACAAAUUAUUUACACAUAAAAAAUAACUGCCACUAGACCUUUCUCAAGGUUUAAGACACACGAUUUCUUUCUCUUUGAUCGCCUGAAUGUCCACGCACUUGUUUCCCUUUCUUUCCGGAGAAAACACGAUUUCUGUACUAAUUCCAAUUCCGAAUCAGGGCUGUUUUUUCUAAAAAAAAAAUUCUGGAACCUUAUUAAAGACCUAGCACACUUGACACACUUAAAUACCGGGUAUUACCACCAUCUACACCAUCACGUGUUAGUUAGUUGUGCAUGACCUUUAUUCAAAAUUAUUAUGAUUAUUCUAAUUACAGCUGCGAUCGUGAUGAUGUUUACGAAGAUAAAGAUUAGUGUCCUAAUUCCUAAUCAUUAUUUGUUAAUUAUUUGUCAAGCCUAGUUCUCAUUCUCUUAUUAUCAUCCUUAUUCAUUCAUUUGCAUUCACUAUUAUCAUCAUCAUAAUUUAAGUUAUCAUGAAGAGUUUUUAAAUGUUUUAUUUAUGAUACGUCAUAUCAGUAAAUCACUAUCUCUAUGCUUCUGUUGGCAUGUUUAAGCAUCAUGGUCACUGAACAAGAAUAAAAAACUGAAGAUAAUAAGCUUACCAUUUUUUGCUUAUUUUUUCAAGCUAAUUUCUAUUUUCUAAGCACCUAAUCGUUUUUGAGUACACGGCCACGGGAUACAUAAUGCAUUGGUUUGUGUUUCCCAUUGUCGAAGGGGAAAAUUUUACCAUUUCCCGUGUUCCUUCAUCCGAUUUCUUAAUAUUUAUUAUAUCGCUUAUUUUCGUAUUGUUAUAUCCUAUUUAUGUAAAUUUCAAUACUGGCAAAAGAUAUGUUCACUCAGAUUCAACUCUAGACAGAUAUACGAUUGUAAAUGGAAGCCUAAGUACAGCAUGCAGAUACGCGGGUACAGGCACACUGACAGACAGACACGCGUGCACGCCCUCAUACACAAAGACAAUAUAUGUCCACGCAGUUAAUAUAAUCAUAUAAGUUCAUUUUAUAAUAAAGUAUACAUUUAUCUAAAUUAGGAUUACAUGUUUCUUCAACGAAACAGCAGACAACAUAUUUCAAAUAAAGUAUAUAAAAAAUCAUUAUAGUAACAUAUUCUCUAAAAAAUGCCAUUUGGUUUAAAAAUGGGAUUCCACUAGGAGAAAAAUUUUCGUGUAUGCUUUAUAAACAACUAAGGAAACCAAGUAUAGGGUUUAAUAUAACAAAACAUUAAAAUUGUGGUGUUUUAUUGAACUAUAGCAUAAGGACAUGGCAUAAAAAUACUGCAUAUGCUUGACAGAUGACAAAAAGGAUGUGAAGGCUAGUAACACAGCAAAGUGUAAUCCCUAGCAUGGUAAAAUGCCCUUCCACCAAGCAGUGCAGUAUGUGGCAAAUCACACCCAAAUUCCUAAAAUACAUUGCAUAUGUCUGUACACUUUUUUUUAAUCUCACUUGAAAGGCAUCCUGUAUGGCUUCUGAAUCUGCAUCUGCUGGCACUAAUUAUAUUAUGAUCUUUUAUAUAUUUGAGCAUUUACUAGGUUGGAAAACGUUCUUUCAGUGUGAAAUCAUACAGGGCCUGUAAAGCAAGAAGCAAUUUAUUUUCACUUUCCCUGACAGAUAAUUAUUUUCCCAAAAAUAACAAAUAAUUAAUAAAAAAAACACCUCUCUAUUUAUUGGUAAAAUAUUUGUCUUUAACUAGCACAAACAAAUAAUCAGUAUAGAACAUACGAACACACAAGAAA